AUGUCUCUAGGUGUGGCUUGGGGCACUCUGGUUAGGCAGCUUACCUCAUCGCGCUUCCUGUAUCCGGAGCCUCCGGGCCCCAAAAAGCCACCACGCUUCCAUCUGUCUUUGCCUCCUCCGAUCCCCGAUCGAUUACCGACGAUGCCGGCCGACUACGAAUCAGCAGCGAGGGCGCUUUCCCUCUCGCCGAAUCCCCCGUCCUCUCCCUCCGAAGCCCACGCCGACGUUCGCCCGCCAUGGAUCCGCAACAUCGGCGGUAACUCGUCCUCCUCGAGAACGACAACCACCCGCCGCAUGUCCGCGGCACGCUUCGGCCGCGGGGGCCAAUCCGGCUCCAGGCGCACCACGGCGCUAUCGGGCGUGAACCGCGCGGUGCGCUCCGCCGUCAAGGCCGGCAACCGCCUCUGGAGCAUGUACCUCGGCCUCAGCCCCGUCCAGCGCGUGGCCGUCGCCGCGUUCCUCCUCGUCGUCAACGUCCUGGGUCUUCUGUUCCUCAUCUACUCGCACGCAAUCUUCAAGUGGCUGGCGCCCGUGUCCCAGAAAUGGCGCGCGCUGCCGUUCGGCUGGCUCAUCAUUUGGGCCUUCACCUUCAUGACGGCCUUCCCGCCCAUGAUUGGCUACAGCACCGCCAUCUCGGUCUCAGGCUUCGUCUACGGGUUUCCACUGGGAUACCCCAUCGUCGCGACGGCCACGAUCGCGGGCAGCUUGACGGCUUUCUACACGAGCAGGGGCAUCUUCAGCGGUUACGUGCACAAGCUCGUCGGGCAGGAUCACCGGUUCAUCGCGCUAGGCCAGGUGCUGAGGAAGGACGGGAUCGGCAUGUUGACGGCGGUGCGCUUCUGUCCGCUGCCGUAUAGCUUGUCCAACGGGUUCCUGUCCACGAUCCCUUCCAUCAAGCCUUGGAUGUUCGCCGUCUCAACGGCCCUUGCCAGUCCAAAGCUUCUCGUCCACGUCUUCAUCGGCAGCCGCCUCGCCCUCAUUGCCGAAAAGGGAGACGAGAUGACGGCCGGCGGCAAAGCCAUCAACUACAUCUCCAUGAUCCUCGGUGGCCUCGUCGGCCUAGUCGUCGGCUGGCUCAUUUACCAACGCACCAUGGCCCGCGCUGCCGAGCUGGCCCUGGAGCAGGCCGAGACGGAGGGCGGUCUGGUGCCCGGCCAGGACGCACCCGACUAUUCGGAUAUUGAGGCCGGCCUCGUGGACCCAGAGGAUGUGGCGGCGCUCAUGGACGAUGACGAUAUUUCGCUGUGGACGCGUGAGGCUGAUGAGGAGGGCGGGUAUCAUGAUGACGACGACGAUGAAAAUGAAGGCGGCGGGCAGAAACUCGGGCGCGAGGGGCCCGUGAAUCCGUUUGAUAAUGAGCACAACGGAAAGGGGGGCGGGUUCAAGGAUUCGGAGUAA